GGGAAACGGGAAGCAAAAGCAUGCAGAAGUGCCAGAAGUGCAAAAGCUUGCAAACCUGUUGCAAACGCACGCGAACAACGAGGGCGAGAGCAACACCACAUUGUUCAAAAUUUGCUUACCUUUAUUUUUAAGUUACAGUUUGCAUUAUUGUUAAAGGUUAAAAUGAGCCAAUGCGACUUCAACGACCCAGCGUACGAGUCGGACGAAUAUUACGACGAAAUGGGCCGAAAGGUACGCGAAUUCGAUUAUUCCGUCGAAUCCGAACCUUCGUUUGUGAAAAAAGGGGAACCAGUGCAGGACAUUGUGCGCCCCGGCAGCAGUGGCAUCUCUGCCCAAGGGAGGCUCACUUCGAAGCAUAUUGAUUUCGCCGCGGAUGACCCUGAUUGCGGAAACUUCUCGCCGGUGGUGAUUAAGAAGGAAGUCGUGGAAGUGAAACAGCCAUCAAUCCAGCAGCACGUUAAAGACGAACCGAAAAGAAGAGUCAAGUUUAUUAAACAAACACCCCGUGUAGGUGGUUUGUUCAGUGAGAGUGCAGCAUCCACCCAUCGAAUUGAUGAAGCACUAAUGUACAUGAUUGUCGUUGAUUCAAUGUCACUACAAGUGGUAGAAUCGAGGGCAUUUCUUCGUUUUAUGAAGAUUGUGGCGCCAUCUUACACAGUUCCUUGCCUACGUAAGCUCACAAAGAUGUUGGACGACAAAUUCGGACGUCUAAGUGCAAUUAUCCGUGUCAAAAUUGGCAAUGCGAGCUUCUACUCGCUGACAGCGGAUGUGUGGACUGAUACAGGAAACGCAAAAAGUUAUCUGGGAAUGACGAUUCAUCUUUUGGACGGAAUCAAUAUGAUUGGCGUUGCCUUGGCCGCUCAACCACUGGAUGACUGUUACACUAAAGAUUACCUGAUCUCGGAAAUGACGAAUAUUUGUAGCAGCUGGGGUGUUGAUCUUACAAAGGUAAACGUCAUCGUGACGGGUGGAUCGAACAUAGUUGCAGCGGCCGAAUCGUUGUUUGGAGUGAAAAAGCAUUUAAUUUGUCUAGAACAAUCAUUAAAUCGGAUGACUACUGCUGCUAUUGAUCAAUGCCACUCCUUUGGAGAAAUUCUAUCCAAGAUUCGUUCGAUUGUAUCAUUUUUCAAGUUGUCCAACAAUGCAACAGAUGAGUUGCGUUCGAUUCAAAUUCGUGCUGGAAAAACUGAAGGAGAAAUCAUGACAGUGGAAAUCGAUGAGCCAACACGGUGGGGAACUACCUUAACAAUGCUUCAUCGAUUCAUCUUGCUCGCUGAUCAUAUCAGUGUUGUUCUUUUGCGCUACACCAAAGUACCAAUGUUGACUGGACAGGAAAUGGCGGAAGCAAAAGAAGCUCGCGAUAUUUUCGGCUGCAUUUCUUUGGUUAUCUCCGAAAUAAAAGGCGAGAAGUGCUCUAUUUCAGGGAAAGUGAUACCGAUGCUAAACAUCAUGAAACGGAAACUAGAAUCAUAUCGUCCGGAUUGUCCUGCUGUAAGUGAUCUAAGGCAGAAAAUUCUGUUACAAUUUGCUAACAAGUUCAGUGAUGUUGAUAAGUUAGACACAUUGACAAUAGCAACGAUGCUUGACCCCCGCUUCAAGACGAUGUACUUGGAGAAAAUGGUCCAGGAACGAACGACUAAAAUGGUAUCCGAUUUGAUCCUGGGUAAAGAAUGCGAUCCGGUUGAUGUUAAACCGAAAGUUACCCCGAUAAUCGAAUCUGACGAUAUUUGGGAUUUUCAUGACCAACUGGUACAACAAUCAUCCACUAGGUCGGAUUCUCAACGUUCUGUUGGCAUAUCCGCUGAGCUACGGGAUUUUCUGCAGCAGCCUAUAGUUCAGCGAACUGCCGAUCCUAUUCAGGCAUGGGAAAGUAUUCGAAACGAAUAUCCCCAACUGUAUCCAGUCGCUGUGAACUAUUUAUCCAGAAUGGUCACAAGUGUGCCGUCCGAAAGAUUGUUCUCAUCCGAAACGAGUGAAACUACUGCGAACAGGCACACAUUUGAUCCCCAUCUUAUGGCAAAAUUGGCAUUCCUAGGAUCCCUUUCGGAAGACUAUUGGGACAAAUGAUUUGCGAAGAUUGUGCUUUCAAUCACUGUUUGAUACCAUCAGCGUAUUUUGUUAUCUUUCAAACGAUAUGUUAUGUUUUUGAACUUGUUUGUUGUCUAAUUUGAAGUAUUUCUAAUAACCGUUAAAUAAAUAAGUUUUAAACUGUA